UGUAGAAAGUCGAGCCCCGGGAAAAGGAAAGAAACCCCAAAAUUACCAUCUGCUAAGAAAAAUGGAAGAAGGAAAAAAAGGAAAAAUUUUGAAAUCUUUUUGGUGGAAUUAGCGAGUGAAAUUUGAAUGGAAAAAUGGGGAAGCGAUUAGAAAUGGAGGGUCGGCUCUAAUUUGGUCUGGUCUGGUCUGGUCCGGUCCUACCGGCGGCAGAGUGUAAUAGCGACUAGCGAGUGAUUUUCAAUCUCUCCUCAAUGUAGCAGCAGAGCACUUUGUGGAUUGUUUUUAAGGCUCCUCUCUUCGUAUAAAUACCCUCUCCGAUUCCACCUCAGAUUUUAUCUGUUUUCCCUUUUUUUCUCUGUCUGGAAUAGCUCUGUCUCUGAUUUGACUGUAUUUCCUCUGUUUUCCGGUGACCGGGCGGGGAAAUUUCGACGGCCAUGGGCGGCCGGCCACCGUAUCUGGAGCUCUUUCUGGAGGAGACCACUUUCUACAACCGCAUUAUUCUGGGUUCUAUUUUCCCGGCCUUUGCUUCUGACCAACUUCCUCAUAUUGUUCAGACAUGGCUCCGCAACUGCAUUGGUGGAUUCUUAAUUUACUUCUUCUCUGGCUUUCUUUGGUGCUUCUACAUCUAUUACUGGAAGCGAAAUGUCUAUGUCCCUAAAGAUUCUAUCCCGUCUAAUAAAUCGAUGCUCUUGCAAAUCUAUGUAACAAUCACGGCCAUGCCAUUGUACUGCAUCCUCCCGACGUUUUCUGAAUACGUGGUCGAACAUGACUGGACAAAAUGCUAUCCAAGAAUACGUGAUGUCGGAUGGCUUGCAUAUGCCUUCCAUAUAAUUUCUUAUCUCACAUUUGUAGAGUUUUCUAUUUAUUGGAUGCAUAGGGGGCUGCAUGAUAUAAAGCCUCUUUACAAAUAUCUUCAUGCGAAACAUCAUAUAUACAACAAGAAAAGUACUCUCUCUCCCUUUGCUGGUCUAGCAUUUCACCCUAUCGACGGGAUAUUGCAGGCUAUACCUCAUUUGUUUGCUCUAUUUCUCAUUCCAACCCAUUUUAGAACACAUGUCGUGCUGCUGUUCCUCGAGGUGGUAUGGACAACGAACAUUCACGAUUGCAUCCACGCAGAGUUGUGGCCAGUUAUGGGUGCUGGCUACCACACCAUUCAUCAUACAAGAUACCGCUACAAUUAUGGCCAUUACUCCAUAUGGAUGGACUGGAUGUUUGGGACGCUUCUUGACCCAAAGGACACAGAAGCCAAGGUGUCGUGAUCGAUUGCUUUGACGUCGUCUCCUGAUCCGUCAUAGUCUUGGUUGCGAUUGCAGGGCACUUGGUGAAGCCACCAUCAAAUAUUCAAUCUCAGAGUUUAGGAAUCCACAGGGCCUGUGUUCUGCUGCUGCUUUUGUUGGUAAGUAAAAUUUGUGGAGGAAUUUGUUGUAUCUUUGUAUAUCAUAAUUUGAAUGAAAACUUGUGGUGUGACAAAAUAUCAAAUGAUCAUAUUUGGGGAAUGGAAUUCAUGAUUUCCCCAAUCUUCAACCUGUGCAAGUUUUCAAAUGUAAUUGUACUGAAAUCAGAAAAAACAACAGCUAGUAAGUAAUAUUACUGUCCUUCCAAACA